CAGAAAAUACAACGCAAGGUUGGAUCGUAACAACUAAACUUUUAGCACUUUUCAUUCUCUUUCUCUCCUAUGUUACAUACGCAGUCGUUACAUUGAACAAGUGGUAAUACUCGAUUUGACUGUUUAUAACAUAUUGAUAACAUACCGUUGUUGAUUACGAUAAAAUAACAAGUAUAAAAUCAUCUACAAAACAAAGAAAAUUAACAUCAUGAGUUUACGCUGGAAGAUAUUUUGGGAAAUGAGACAAAGAUCACAAAUACCAUCACUGCAAGUGAUGGUAAGAAAUUAUAACACCUGUAAGGAAUGUUCCACAGAAAAGAAGUAUGGAUCUUCUAAGAAUAUAAAAAAUCCUAUGUUAUAUACAACCUGUAUUGCUGUUGCUGCAUCAGUUUUAGGUAUAUCUUACUAUACUCUAAAGUACAAAAGAAAUGUUUAUGCUUUCAACGCGACGCAAAAUAUAAAAUAUGGUCAAUUGCAAAAGGACAUGAAGACUUUUACCUUAGAAGAAGUGGGAAAACACGAUAGCAAAGAGAAAGGAAUUUGGGUUACUUUCGGACAAGGUGUAUAUGAUAUAACAGAGUUUGUCGAUAAACAUCCAGGUGGUCCUUCAAAAAUUAUGAUGGCUGCUGGAGGAUCCAUUGAUCCAUUUUGGAUGAUGUUUGCAAAUCACAAUACAUCAGAAAUACAUUCCUUGCUGGAAUCUAUGAGAAUUGGAAAUAUAUCAGAAGAAGAUGCCAAAUCUAAUAAAAGCAAUCUGUAUGAUCCAUAUGCAAAUGAGCCUGUUAGGCAUAAGGCUUUAAAAAUCAAUGGCAAUAAACCCUUCUGUGCAGAACCGUCACCUUCACUAUUAGUUGAGAGUUUCCUUACACCUGUUCCAUUUUUUUAUGUAAGAAAUCAUUUGCCUGUGCCUGAGAUAGAAUUAAAGGAUUAUACACUAGAAUUGGCGAUAGAAGGGACAACUAAAAAAACACUCGAUUUCAAGGCACUAAACAAAUAUGAAAAGAGAACGAUAACUGCAGCUGUAAUGUGCGGUGGAAAUAGACGUUCAGAAAUGUCGAAGGUAAAACAAUUGAAAGGUAUUAAUUGGAACGUGGGCGCUGUUGGCAAUGCAACGUGGACAGGUGUACGAUUGUGCGAUGUAUUAAAAGAUUUAGGAGUCAAUGAAGAUGCAUUUAAUCACGUUCAGUUUGAAGGAUACGAUCUAGACCCAUCUGGCAUGCCAUAUGGAGCAAGUAUUCCGAUUUCCAAAGCUAUAGAUCCUAGAGCUGAUGUGAUCUUAGCUUAUGAAAUGAAUGGUGAAACGUUAAGCCAAGAUCAUGGAUUCCCUGUUCGAGUAAUCGUUCCUGGUGUCGUGGGUGCGAGAAAUGUAAAAUGGCUGAGUAAAAUUAAUAUAUCAAAGGAGGAGAGUCAAUCGCAGUGGCAACAGGGUGACUACAAGGGAUUUUCUCCGAGCACGACUUGGAACAACGUAGACUUCAAUAAAUCGCCCGCAAUACAAGAAAUGCCUGUAGUAUCGGCGAUAUGCGAUCCGCAAGAUACAGACACAAUCGAAAUUAAAAAUGGAAAAAUUCAAGUAAAAGGUUACGCUUGGUCUGGCGGUGGUCGAAAAAUAAUUCGUGUUGACGUUACAAACGAUAAAGGUAAAACUUGGCAUACAGCAGAUCUGACAGAAGAUCUUCAGGCAAAUGAAGGUCGGCACUGGAGUUGGUCAUUAUGGAACGUGGAACUUCCUGUGGAUAAAAAAUCGAGAGAAGUUGAAAUCUGGGCGAAAGCUGUUGAUUCAUCAUAUAAUGUACAACCGGAAAGUUUUAAUAACAUCUAUAACAUUCGAGGAUUGCUCUGCAAUGCGUAUCAUAAAAUUAAAGUACAAUUAAAGCAAUGA